CUUAUCCAAUCGCAGAGCGUGUCUUUUUUUGGCAACUAUUUCAAAAUGAACUAAACUGUCAGCGCGAGCGCAUCAGACGUCCCGCUGCUUCGAAGUCGGUGCAUGAUGACAAGAGUGCGCCGGGAGCGGGUGAUUCACGGUCAUUUGGACAUGUUGGUGAUCAGAAAUGUGAGCGGAUAUCGCUGGGACGACGUUCUCGUGCCGGAGGAUCGUCGGUAGAAGUCGGAUGGCUGAAAGAUCACAAAUCGAGGAGCUUUGCAGUGCAUCUGCUUGUGGAAACUUAUCUGAAGUUUUAUCCUUGCUGCAAAACGGAGCAAAUGUCAAUGGUUUUAAUAAAUACAAGAGGACUGCAUUACAGGUGGUGAAGCUGGGGGCUCCUCGUGUCGUUGAGGCCGUACUCAAGGCGGGGGGCAACCCCCACGUGCGCGACCACGUCUGCGGCCUCAUGGUGAUACACGACGCCGCGCGCGAAGGCUUCGUGGAAACGGUGCGGGUACUGAUUGAGUACGGAGCCGAUGUGAACGUCGUGGACGAGCGCGGGAACCUGCCGCUGCACCUGGCCGCCAAGGAGGGCAACCUGGAGGUGGUCCAGCUGCUGCUCGGCUGCACUGCGGAUCCCACAAAACCCAACAAGCUGGGACACACAGCCGCGCAGCUCGCGCACACCUUUCGGAGGACGGAGACCGCCAAGUGCAUCGACGAUCAUCUGAGCGCACGCGAGUAGGUUGAUCUCACGAGCCGCCAUUAAUUUCAUCAUUAAAAAAACUUAAAAAAAUGCGUGACAUUGUGCUGUCAGAUGUUUUGACAUAAAAUCACACAGAAUGCACAUGUUUGGCUCAAAGACGCGCUUUUGCGUGGAAGCAAAAUGUGCGGCAGAACUUUGGCGCAUCAGGGUUCGUUCCUUCCCGCGUGGAGCUCUGCCAACAGACUCAAAAACUGUAAAGGGGGAAAAAAAAGGGAGUUUGGGAGGAGGAAUCCUCUCUCUGUUAGGCUUCGCGUUUAGGCCUUUGGGUUUACUUUAGUACUUCACAAAGCUGCAGUAUCUGUGAAAUGGAGCCACUAACAUGCAAAAUGUUAUGUAUAUAUUGUACUAAAUAUAAAAUGUCGCAACUCAGAUCCACACAUUGUGCACAAAACAUGUGGUAUAAAAGAUGGAAAGUAUAUUUUCUGGCAAAAUGUACUAAAACCAUGGAAAUCAGGUGGUGUAUAUUCUAACUUUUAUGUUCCCAGAUUGAGGCAGAAAUAUUUAUAUUUUGAGGACACACAUAUACAUA